CAUCCGGCUGGCAUAGUAGUGGCAGCUGCCCCAUAUUAGUGUUUGGAAGGUCAGCUGUGAGGAUGGUAGGACACGGACCUCUUGCUGAGCUGCUGCUGCUGCUGACGCUGCUGUGGUUGUCACUACACUGCUGUGUCUCCACCACACCGACACCUGACACUAUAGAAUGCCGGAUGAAGUCUGUUGAAGCUGCAACGGAGGUGAAAAUGCCGUUCAACAUAACAAAGAAGACGUUCUUAAUUACUUUCAAGCUUCAGCUACCAACAGAAAACUGGAAUCUGUCCAUACAUGUCACGAAUAGGCAGAAUGAGAAGGAUACGAUAAUCUUGGAGGGUAGUACAAGAGUCAUCAGGAUCCUUCAUAUCAACAACUGCAGUCACAGACAUCCUUGGACAGACGCGGUUAUCUCAGAUGACACUAUAAUGAUGAGAGUUACCUUGAAAGAAACUCGGCUGACAGUUGGCGUCUGGUCAAAACUUAUUGAGUGGGAAGAAUUUCUAUGUCGGACUAACCAUCUUGUCCAUCAAACAAGCAACGUCAAAUUUGAAUUCUGUUCAGAUAACAUUGGAAUGAAGAUUUAUCCUUGCAACAACAGUGACACGCCGUUACCCGGUACCGACGAAGUUCCAACAGAAAAUUGUUAUCCGUGUUUAAUUUGCUACAUUAUAUUAUCUUUGGCGUUGGCGACGGUGUUUUUGAUGGCACUGUGGCAAGCCAUCAAGUUGUGGGGACGGAGCACCUAUCUCCGGUGCUGCCAGGGGCCUCCACCUCCACACAGCCCACAUGCCACUCAACUCCGGAAGAAGGCUAUGCAAUGCCCCCAAACAAACACCAAUCACGUCUCGUCCACUACAACUCUUCACCAAGCACAUAUAAAUAAACAAUUAAGACUCGACAGACCUUUGCAAAGGUCUUCCCGGUUACCGGCAUGGGACCUACCUCAAAGACCUUGGGCAGGCCAUGAGGAACGUCAUCCUUCCUUGGAGUGCAACAGUCCACCCACAAACACUUUCCACGAUAGUUUUAAUAGUAUUUAUGGUGCUUUGUAGAAUUUCUAUUGUCACGGUAAUCUCUCUAGGAAGAGAUUCGGCCUACUCCAUUAUCACCUAUUCUCAUACCAAGUCUACCUAUUCAAGACCUGCAGCCCCCAAAACAACAACAACCAAUCAGAAACGUUUAGACAGUGAACUACCUCCCCCCUGCACCACGGCCCAUCACCCCCACCUCACCUGGUCGCUAGGAGCUCACGCCACCAGCCGAAACAAGCAGUUAACGGCCCGGCUCAUAGUUAUAGACGAUGCCAGCGCGGACGAUGAUUGAUUGAUAAAGAUUAAGCCACCCAAGAGGUGGCACGGGCAUGAAUAGCCCGUAAAAACCUGGACGGCCGUCGUUCUAUAUAUAUAGGGCUACCUAGCCCACCACGAUUCAAAUUACUUCUGAGUGCUCUACUGAAUAGACCCUGUGGACAUAUCUCGAUGAGGUAACAGGUUUAUGCAGUCUAGUUCAUAGUAUUCUAGCACCAUAGUUUUUAAUUGCACAUUAACGUAACGUAAAUUUAAUUGUUUGUCUGUCUUGUUUGCUUUGCACUCUUUGUAUCAAGCCAAGCUUGGAUAUUAUUUUUUUUUGUUUUGUAAUUUGUUUAAAGUCAUUAUUAAUAAGUAAAGUAUUUUUAAAUGUGUAUU